AAAUUACGGCCUCCUUCAACCUUAAGUUAUGGAUUUUAUCCAACUGCAUUUAAUGGCUUCCGGAAAUUAAAUCGUACUACUAUAAAUUCGAAAAAAAAAUUUGAUCAAAAUCAUCAUAAUCAUAGAAACUGGUUAAUUGAACAUAGAAAUCCAAGAAUUAACCAUCCACAGCUGAAUUUCAGUAUCACAAAGCUCUGAUUUCAAACUAGGGAACUUUCCAAUUCUUCGUGAUAUGCUAAAUUACCCAAUUAAUUUUCACAUGUGUUAUUGAAUUCUGCACUUUGAUGGCUGGAUUGGAAGAGUUGAAGAAGAAGCUCGUACCACUCUUUGAUGCAGAGAAAGGGUUUCCAUCUGGGUCAACAAUCGACCCUUCCGAUUCUUACAUGUUAUCAGAUCAUGGAACAGUGAAUCUACUGAGUAAAUCAUACAAUAUCUACAACAUCAAUGAGCUGGGGUUGCAGAAAUGCAGCUCAUCUUCUUCCCCUUCAGCAUUUUCUGUUGAUGAUGGGGAGAAGACAUACAGGUGUGCUUCUCAUGAGAUGAGGGUUUUCGGGUCCAUCGGCAGCGGUGCCAGCAGUGUUGUGCAGAGGGCAAUUCAUAUCCCCAAUCACCGGAUCAUUGCCCUAAAGAAAAUCAACAUUUUUGAGAAGGAGAAAAGGCAACAGCUUCUUACUGAGAUAAGGACGUUGUGUGAGGCGCCGUGCUAUGAAGGUCUGGUCCAAUUUUAUGGUGCUUUCUAUACUCCUGACUCUGGACAGAUAAGUAUAGCUUUGGAAUACAUGGAUGGUGGAUCUUUGGCUGAUAUCCUUCGUAUACGCAAGACUGUACCAGAACCAGUUCUUUCCAUCAUGGUGCAGAAACUCUUGCUUGGGCUGAGUUACUUGCAUGGAGUUAGGCACUUGGUUCAUAGAGAUAUUAAACCUGCAAAUUUGCUUGUAAAUCUCAAAGGGGAACCAAAGAUUACGGAUUUUGGUAUCAGUGCUGGUUUAGAGGAUUCAAUGGCCAUGUGUGCAACUUUUGUUGGAACUGUUACAUACAUGUCUCCUGAGAGGAUUCGAAAUGAAAACUACUCGUACCCUGCUGAUAUUUGGAGUCUUGGGCUUGCGCUAUUCGAAUGUGCUACCGGUGAAUUUCCUUACAGUGCUAAUGAAGGGCCAGUUAAUCUUAUGUUGCAGAUUUUGGACGAUCCAUCUCCUUCACUUAUGGAUAAGGGUUUUUCUCCAGAGUUUUGUUCAUUUAUUGACGAUUGCCUCGAGAAAGAUCCAGUGGCAAGGCCAACUGCUGAGAAGCUACUUUCGCAUCCAUUUGUCACGAAGUAUGAGGAGGCUGGAGUGAACUUGGAAGAGUUUGUCCAAAGUAUAUUUGACCCAACGCAGAGGAUGAAGGAACUAGCAGAUAUGCUGGCAAUACACUAUUACUUACUUUUCGAUGGAUCUGAUGAUCUUUGGCAUCACAUGAAGACUUUAUAUGAAGGGCAUUCAGUUUUCAGUUUUUGUGAGAAGGAAUCUGCCGGGCCAGAUGACAUCUUUGCAACCUUGUCAAACAUACGCACGACACUGGCUGGUAAAUGGCCACCUCAGAAGCUUGUACAUGUCGUGGAGAAACUCCAGUGCCGUGCACACGGCCAAAGCGGAAUAGCUAUUCGUGUGUCAGGGUCAUUCAUUGUUGGGAACCAGUUCUUGAUAUGUGGAGAUGGUUUGCAAGUAGAGGGCAUGCCAAAUUUCAGAGACCUAUCAAUUGACAUACCGAGCAAGCGUAUGGGCACAUUCCGGGAGCAGUUCACUCUGGAAAGGUCGAGCUUCAUAGGCCGCUACUUCAUUGCAGCACAGGAGCUCUACAUUGCUCAAUAAUUAUCAGACUGCGAAUUCGAAUUGUUGGAACGGUCAGUUACACUCAGCAACUGUCUUAUAGUAUCUAUCUGUCAACACCAGCUAUCAGUGGAAAUGUGUUUUGGUCACAUUGAUUUUGGCUUUCCCUUUGUAACUCUGUUGUAUCCAGUAGUAAGCGAUUAUAGAGUUGACAUAUUUAGUAGUAAGAUUUGAGGAUGUUACCUCUCUUUUGUGUGUUUAAAACAAUCUUGCUAAACACUAUUUUCCUGUUAUCUUAGAUUUUGAGAAUUUUCACCCAA